AAGUUACCCCCACCUCUCACAACUGGAAAAAGUUUCCUGUGAGCCCGCGGGCGAGCGCGGACUACGACUCCCAGCAUGCUCCGCGGCCGCUGCAGUUAACCCAUCAGGGCCCGGAGCUAAGUCCUGUCCCCCAAACCCCUUUUCCUCGGACCUGGCAAGAGAUGGGUGCCCCCAUCGGCACACUGUCCUUUGGCCACCUGACAUCAUGCCUCCCAAGAAGGAUGUUCCUGUGAAGAAACCAGCAGGGCCUUCCAUCUCUAAGCCUGCUGCCAAGGCUACAACAGGGACCCCUCCAGCCAAGACCAAGGCUGAGCCAGCCGUUCCCCAGAUCCCCUCGAAAACCCAGGAGCCUCCCACUGAUCUCUCCAAAGUGGUGAUCGAGUUUAACAAGGACCAGCUGGAGGAGUUCAGAGAGGCCUUUGAGCUGUUUGACAAAGUGGGUGACGGCAAGAUCCUGUACAGCCAGUGUGGGGACCUGAUGAGAGCCCUGGGCCAGAACCCCACCAACGCUGAGGUGCUCAAGGUCCUGGGAAACCCCAAGAGUGAUGAGCUGAAGUCCCGACGUGUGGACUUUGAGACCUUCUUGCCUAUGCUACAGGCAGUGGCCAAGAACAGGGACCAAGGCACUUAUGAAGACUACCUAGAGGGCCUUCGUGUGUUUGACAAAGAGGGCAAUGGCAAAGUCAUGGGAGCAGAGCUCAGACAUGUUCUUACCACUCUCGGAGAGAAGAUGACUGAGGAAGAGGUAGACACUGUUCUGGCAGGCCACGAGGACAGCAAUGGCUGCAUCAACUAUGAGGCCUUCCUCAAGCACAUCCUAAGCCUCUAAGCGCCACAGGUGUCGUUCAGAGAGGCGAGGCUCCUUGAUCAACCAGGGAGAAGCAAGCGCAGGCAGUCCGUCCGCCCGCGGGGCGCCGGGGCUGGACGGCUUUCCUUUCCGCACUCUGCCCACGGGCUUGGAAACCUAAGUGGCCCCACCUCCCGCGGGGACAGGAGCGCGUUCCUGCCACCAGGCGGCACUUAAGGUUUUGAAAUAAAAAUAUGGUUCCUGG